AUGACUUCGUCUAGUGGGAAACGCAGUGCCAGUUACUGGCGCGAGCGAUCAGCAACUCUGCCAGCGUUUGUAUCGCCAACGCCUGAAGUUGCUUUACAGCAUCGCGCUUCGAUACUCUGGGCGCCGAAAGAGGAGCUACCCGACGACGGUUUACAGGAUUAUUUGCAGUUCGCUUACACCAACUACUCCAUUGAGGAGGAGCAGGCAUUAUACAUAUUGCGGCAACAGAGCUACGACCUAACCCUCGCCCGUGAUCGCUUGGCAAGCAUUGAGACUGCGCGCGGUUGUCGUUUCUGCCGCUGGCGGGCUAAGGACUUGUUGCAUAUUUGCAAAGCACUCAAGAAGCAUGGGGUUGACUACGAAAAGGUUGGAAAGGGUCUGCCCCAUAUCCCAAUCGCUGAUAUGAGAAGUUUUGUUAAGUUUAUGAAAGUGCCUAUAGAUUUAAUCUAAUGAACUUGUUUCGCAAUCAU